AUGGACAACACAUCUGUAACAGUAUUUACCAUGACUGCGUAUGCUGUAAUGGAAAAAAACAAGUACCUGCAGUUUUCUAUAUUUAUGUUGUUGUAUAUUUUGAUAAUCUCUUUCAAUUUGCUGCUGAUUGCUGUGAUAUGCUGUCAGAGAGCUCUGCAUCAACCCAUGUAUGUGUUCAUAUGUAACUUAGCUGCUAACGGACUAUAUGGCAGCACUGGAUUUCUUCCCUCUACUCUGAUUCUACUUUUGUCUGAGACAUAUGAGAUAUCAUUGCCGUGGUGUCUAAUACAAAUCUAUUGGGUACAUACAUAUGCAGCGGUUGAAUUUCAUAUUUUGGCUGUCAUGGGAUAUGACCGGUAUGUUGCCAUCUGUUAUCCACUACAUUAUCACAGCAUCAUGUCUAUUCCCAAGAUUUGUAAACUUAUUGCAUUGGCAUGGCUAUAUCCUUUUUCUCUCUUUCUGAUGUACUUCUGCUUGACUUUGAGGUUGAAGUUUUGUGGGAGGUUCAUACAUUUUAAAUUGUUUUGUGUCAAUUUUGAAUUGGUCAAAAAUGCGUGUUCUACCACAUCUUACCAUAGUAUUGUAGGACUUGUGCUAAUAGCUUUCAUUAUGAUCCCCCAGCUCCUCAUGAUUAUAUUCUCAUAUGCACACAUUUUCAGGGUCUGUCUGAAAUCCUCAAAAGAAUCUCAGGUCAAAGCACUGAAAACGUGCUUCCCUCAUUUACUUUCAGUAAUAAACUACUCUAUUGGAGGGUUUUUUGAAAUUGCUCAAAGUAGAUUUGACAUGAGUGGGACAUCUUUUAAGUUUCGGAUCAUCAUGUCACUAUACUAUACAUUGCUUACACCAUUGAUAAACCCUGCAAUUUACGGAAUGGCCAAUCAAACCAUCAGAAUGCACGUCUUAAAAAUAUACCGUGCGUCUAACAGGCUGGCCUCCUGUUAA